AGCGGCGGGGGAUCCGGAGCCUCGGAGGACGGCUGUCCGGCUCGCGCCACCAGGCUUAGCCCAGAGGCCCCGCCAGCUCCCCGCGCUUGCUCCAGGCCCUCGCCCCGACAUGAAUCUCAACUUCACUUCCCCGCUGCAUCCUGCGUCUUCGCAGAGACCCACGUCCUUCUUCAUCGAGGACAUCCUCCUGCACAAGCCGAAGCCUCUGCGAGAGGUGGCACCCGAGCAUUUCGCCAGCUCUCUGGCCUCCCGGGUGCCUCUGCUGGAGUAUAGCUACCCCCUCAUGCCCACACCCACCCUCCUGGCUCCUCACCCCCACCACCCUCUGCACAAGGGGGAUCACCACCACCCCUACUUCCUCACCACCUCGGGGGUCCCGGUGCCCGCGCUCUUCCCGCAUCCGCAGCACAGCGAGCUGCCCGGGAAGCACUGCCGCCGCCGCAAAGCUCGCACAGUCUUCUCCGACUCGCAGCUCUCCGGCUUGGAGAAGAGGUUCGAGAUCCAGCGCUACCUGUCCACGCCCGAGCGGGUGGAGCUGGCCACCGCGCUCAGCCUGUCUGAGACGCAGGUAAAAACGUGGUUCCAGAACCGGCGGAUGAAGCAUAAAAAGCAACUGAGGAAAAGUCAAGACGAGCCCAAAGGGCCAGAGGGGUCGGAGAGCCCCGAGGGCAGCCCCCGCGGCCCCGACUCUGCGCCCCCAGAGGCGCGGCUGGGCCUGCCUGCCGGCCACUUCGUGCUGACCGAACCGGAGGAUGAGGUGGACAUCGGGGACGAGGGGGAGCUGGGCUCUGGCCCGCACGUGCUUUGAGCCAGUGCCCCGGCCGGGCGCGCCAAGAGUGCCGGGCGGGGAGGUGGAACUCGGGCCACAAACGAACCCACUCGCGGCCUCGGCCCACGCCCCCUCCUGCCCCAGCACCAGCAGCCGCUGGCCGAGCGCCUCGGGGCGUUUCCUCCCGCCCCCCAGACCCGGGCUCUGGGCUCUAAAGCGG